AAGGGCUCCUCACCUUAUCUUCUUCUCGUCGUCUUUCAGUCCCCUAAUUUUCAUGACUGACUCAUACGUUUCGACCGCCAACGGUGACUCGUUCACUGCCAACGGCGCGAGCAGGGCGAACGGCUCGAGCCCGUCUCUUGCCCAGCCCUCCGAAUCCGGCUCUACACCCAUUAUCCGCAAAAAGCUUAACGGUUAUGUCGGUUUUGCCAACCUUCCGAACCAGGUGCACAGGAAGAGUGUAAGGAAGGGCUUCCAGUUCACUGCUAUGGUUGUCGGCGAGUCCGGCCUUGGCAAAUCAACGCUCAUUAACACUCUCUUCAAUACACGACUGUACCCUCCCAAGGAGCCUUUACCACCGAGCGCAGAACGUCCGCAGACUGUCGCGAUUGAGAGCAUCAGUGCAGACAUCGAGGAGAACGGAGUCCGUCUUCGUCUCACUGUCGUUGAUACGCCUGGUUUCGGCGACUUCGUUAACAAUGAGGACAGUUGGAAACCCAUUGUGGAUAACAUUGAGUCCCGUUUCGACUUAUAUUUGGAGCAGGAGAACCGUGUGAACCGGCAGAAAAUCGUCGACAAUCGCGUGCACGCAUGCCUCUAUUUCAUACAACCCACGGGGCAUUCGCUGAAGCCCAUCGACGUGGAGUUCAUGCGUCAGCUCCACACCAAGGUUAACCUUAUUCCUAUUAUUGCCAAGGCAGACACCCUGACGGACGACGAGGUUGCCGACUUCAAAGCUCGCAUCCUGGCUGACAUCGCGCACCACAACAUCCAUAUCUUCCAAGCGCCGACGUACGAGAACGAGGAUGAGGAAGCCCUUGCCGAAGCUGAAGAGAUUGCGGGCAAGAUCCCAUUUGCCGUUGUCGGCUCCGACCGCCUGGUAAAGACGCCUGAUGGUCGUGAAGUGCGCGGUCGUGCAUACCCAUGGGGUGUAGUUGAGGUCGACAACGAGGAUCACUGUGACUUCGUCAAGCUGAGACAAAUGCUUGUCCGGACAUACAUGGAGGAGCUCCGCGAAUACACCAAUGAUGUUCUCUACGAGAACUGGCGAACGGAGAAACUCCUCAGCAUGGGUGUUGUACAGGAUCAGACUGUCUUCAAGGAAAUCAACCCUGCGAGCAGGAUGCAGGAAGAGCGAGUCAUGCACGAAGCCAAGCUUGCCAAGAUGGAGGCUGAGAUGAAGAUGGUCUUCCAGCAGAAGGUACAGGAGAAAGAGGCGAAGUUGAAGCAGUCCGAGGAGGAGCUAUACGCAAGGCAUCGCGAGAUGAAAGAGGCUCUCGAGAAGCAGCGCAUGGACCUCGAGGACAAGAAGAGGCGCAUUGAGAGCGGUCGUCCGCUAACCCCGGACAAGACUAACACCAAGGUGAAGAGGGGUUUCCUCCGUGCUUGAUCUUGCCCUUCUCUUGCUAUUUACCUUUGGUCCUUCGUUGUCGACUCUUGACCCUAUGGUAUUCUCGCUCAACCUUGGUGCUUUACCACCGUUCCAUCCCUGCUAUCGUACAUCUCCGCGACGACGUUCGGCACCCUUUGUUUUAAUUUUGCAUUUAUAAUGCACUUCGAACAUUUGACCACACUCCUUACCAUGGAUACCGGAAUUUUUCUUUACUGGCUGUAGCUCUUGCUGAGCGAUGUUGGCACGCCUUGGUUGUACAUACCCUUAUGAUACCUGGUCAACAUCUACAAACAGAGGUGAUUCC